AUGUCCCAAGAAUCGAAGGAAGGUCUUUUGGACCAAGCGAAAGACAAUUCUCCAGAAAAGCUUGAUUCCGAUGACGAAUCAACGAUACCCGUCGAAGUCGAGUUCAAGAUCUGGGAUAAAUCAAAAUACAAAACGUCUUCAAACCGCCUUCGCUUUGUUUUCAACGAGGAUUUAUCUGUAAAGGAAGCCAGCGAAAGGGCAUUCGAGACCUAUUUUGGCGAUAUCCCCCAAGAAAUCAGUGUUUUAAUUCAAGCAAAAGGCUCGUCGCCAUCGGCAAUUGCCAAUGUGAAUGUGAAGAUCAAGCGCAUUUUGAAAGAGGGGGACACCUUGAUUCUUUCAGACAAUCUCGAUAAAUACAACAGAAAACAAGCAAUAGAUGACACUAUUGGCCCUAUAUUGAGCAUCUUUGUUUUUGUGGCCGUGGCGUUACUCAUCGGGUGGUUAAUCGCGUUAUUAAUAUUAUCAUUCAGAUAG